AUGAGUAAGUGCAUAGAGGAGGGCACAGAGGUGGUUUGUACUGCUGUCUGUUACCAUGGGUACCUGCCCGUUGCCUUUGACAAUGCUAAGCUCGUGUGUACUAUCAAAGACGGCGUGUGGUAUGACGGCAUGGUUUCUUUUCAACCCUGCCAAGCUGUAGAUGUAGUAAACCGUUGUGGUUCUCUGAAUGUGUCAGCUGAUUCAGCAGCUGUGAAGUGCCGCGAGGUCGGAGCUGACGUAGUUUGUGAUGUGGAGUGCACUAAUGGUUUCACGUUCGAGACCCAUGACGUCACAGUUAGACGGAUCUGCGAUCGUUUGACAGGCACGUGGUAUACUGGAAGAUCUGUACCGCGGUGCGUCUCGACAUGUGAAGAACGGCUUAUUUCCGGAAGUGACGUCAUUGGGAACGACAGUUUCUCAGCUUCAAGUUCCUGGACAGGUUUAACAGGUGUUUACUUUGGUCCAGAACGGGCAAAAAUAACCUCUGGUCCCGAAUAUGUUAACGGUCAGUUAAUGAGUGGGGGCUGGCGAUCAGCGAGAGAUGACCUCGGGCAGUUUAUUCAGGUGAAGCUAGAUAAGGUAAGCCAAAUUACUGGAAUCGUCACAAAAGGACGGGGUGUAAGUUCCGGUGACACCGCCAAGGAUGUGGUAACCAGGUACCGAGUUCUCUACAGCACCGAUGGAAAGUCAUUUGUACCGUAUGGCGAUGAUACGGUUCUUGAUAAGUUUUUCAGUGGAAAUACGAACACCUGCAGCGAGAAGGUCAACUGGUUUUCAUGUCCUUUCGCUGCACUUUACGUUCGUAUCAACCCAAUAGACUGGAAAGACCACAUUGGAUUACGAUUUGACGUACUAGGCUGUCCCGCCAGCGAAGAAUCUGUGUUAACUACGAGUUUUACCAGCAACACUACGCCAACACCUAUUACAGCCGGUCCUUCACCAACAUGUGCUUCACUGUUGCCUCCGAAAAAUGGUGUGAUCAACUGUGAAGAUAGAGGCACGGCGCUGGUGUGCACAGCGCUAUGUAAGGAUGGCUGGAAGUUUAAUACCGGUGCCUUUCUGCUCAACAAAAGAUGCGACCUUAAAACUCACACAUGGACUGAUGACCAACCAUUCCCCGCCUGUUACAGGCUGCCGUAUGUUACCACUACGACAAGUUACAGACCCAUUACACAUGAUUGUGUCGGUGGUGCAGACGACUGUCAGCACAGAACCAAUGGUGACUACCACACUUGUGAUAACUGUCAUUACUUCGCCAGCUGUUCUGAAGGCUACACAUACGUUCGGCCUUGCCCAGAUAAUCUUGUGUUUGACGCCAUUGUAGGGAGCUGUCAGUAUCGGUCUACAACAUGCUCAUUUGCUAUUGGAAAACCGGUCUUGGGAAGGAGAUAA